AUGGAGGACGUACGCAUCCCGCAAUGGACCGUCGAGAAGUCCUACACCCGGAGCCAGAACACCAGUCCCGCCAGCACCCCCGAACUCGACGACCACGACAGGAUCCGCCUGGCUCGCUCUAACACAAUGCCCAUGCCCGCCCUGGAGCCGUCGUCGUCGAUGCUCCAGGACCGCUACCUCUCGUCCGAGGAGGACCUCUCGCCAAAUGCCUCGGAUUCGGCCGACCAGUCUGACGACGACGACGACGACGACGAUGUCGAAAUUAUCGAGGUCGCCGUCAUCACCCCACCAGCGAAGCUUGCAAAAGCCGUUUCCUACGUCUCCGCCGGCCGUGCCAAGGUCGUCGACAUGGACGACGCUCAACCCGCGCGGGAACGCACUUUCAGCGUGCCAGCCGUCGCAAACGCAGUUCCCAUUCUCAAGUCUCCAGUGCCCCGCAUGUCCAGGAUGUCUUUUGCAAACUACAGGCCGCCCGUCACCGAAGCCCAGCCAGCCCUUCCGACACGCUCGUCUUCCUUCGGGAUCCCGUCUGCGUGCAGCUCGCCCGCUAUUCCAGCCCGGUCAGAGAGGCGCAAGUCCUCAAUGCCCGCAAGAGAGCGCCCGUCCAUCUCCAGAUCGCCGCUUUCUUUUGACCCUGCUUCGGCACCCCCGGUCCCUGACUGCGGGUCGCUCCGCUCGUCCGUCAAGGUUGUUAGGCAUUACAGCAUGGCAGCGGCGCCUUCGGGCGGUAUCUUCAAUGCCGAUCGUCCCAAGCUCCUGAGGUCGACGACUGAUCUGAGGGCCACGCUCUCCCCCAGUCCUCCAUCGCUUCCCACUCGAUCUCAGUCUACUGAGCCUGAGCCUAUUUCGCCCCUGCUCGAGAAACCCUCGAUCCCUCUCGACUUCGACCUGCGCCGCCCAUCGUCGGCACGCUCAUCAUACUCGCCGAGUUCCAAGCGUGCUUCCGCGAUUCACGCCCGCCAGCGAUCUGGCUCGAUCCAGCUUCCUCCCUUCGCUCCCAACGCCGCUUCUCCUCUGACUCCUCUCACUCCCCAAACCCCCACCUUCCUCAAUACCGAUCCUUUUGCGAAGAAGGAAGAGGACAAGACCGAGGACACCAGCAAGCCGGCGCAUCGCCGUCUGCGUAGCAUUAGCCGGACCCUCAGUCUGGCCAAAAUUGCGCUGAACCCGCAAGGCAGGCGCGGAUCGACAUGGGGCAAGAGCAAGGUCAAGACCGACAAGGUCCACCGUGACUCGAUGGACCUGCAGUCCCCCAUCUCCCCCAUGACACAGACAAAGGAGAGCUUCCUUUCUGUGUCGUCGCCGCUUGCGCCGAACAUGCCGCCGACUCCUGUGACUCCCGGCAUGCAGAUGCCGCCGACGCCGAACACUGCUGUGUUCAGCCCGCGGACGUCGUCCCGCAUGAGCAACAACACGGUCGAGGACGAGUUUGAGCGUCCGCCGAGGACUUCCAGCCUUGGCCACCGGCCUCGACUUGUUCCCCGCGCUGCGGAUGAGAGAGAGCCUGCUGUCAAGCUCCCGCCCUUCCCCGAUGCGGAUGACGAGAUGCGUGUUCCGGGUCGUAGGAGGCUGACCAAGAGGAAGAGCAUGCUCGGCCUCGCGUAA